GUGGUACUGUCAUACUUCCGUUCAACUCGAAAACAAAAUCUUAGCGAAACGCUUUUAAAGGCAGCCUUUUUAGAUUUAAGGACGCCCCCCGCCUCUGAUGUACUUCAUCACCUAAACGUUGCGGAACAUGUCUCGGAGCUAAGUGACAUGACGAGCUCGUUCGCUCGCAGCCGCAGCUUUUGCGAGCUUUCUUUUGUCGAAAGAUGGAGGCUGGCUGCCUGGUGUCGCGCAGAGAAGAUAUUGCUGUGCUCUCCCCACAACAAAAACAUUCCAGCAAAUGUCAAGAGCUGAGCGCCUUGUUCUCCUCCGUGAGGAAAGUGCGAGGCGAUGGAAACUGUUUUUACAGAGCCUUUUGUUUCGCCUAUUUGGAAUCAAUCUUGCACAAUGUCAAGGCUUUGCAAAGAUUCAAGGAGAAAGUCAUCACGACCAGCGAACACCUCGCCUCUGCAGGAUUUGACCAGAGUUCCUUCCAGCUCCACUUGAACACAGUCCUCAAUGUCAUCGAACACUGCGAGGGCAGCGACCAGGAAGAGAUGCUGUUCAGGCUUUUGAACGAUCACGUGACCUCAGACAACGUGGUGCAGUACCUGCGCCUGCUCACAUCUGCGCACCUGCAGAACCACGCAGACGACUUCCGCAACUUUGUAGAGGCGCCCAGUCUGCAGGUCUACUGUCAUCAGGAAGUGGAAGCUAUGGGGAUGGAGUGUGACCAUGUGGACAUCCUGGCUCUAACUCAGGCACUGGACAUCUGCAUCCACAUCGUCUCAAUGGACGGCGAAGAUGAGCAGUUGGUGCACCACAUUAUCCCUGAUGGGGCCGAGCCCUCCAUGCACCUCCUCCACCACAUAUCACACUUUAGCAUUCUGGGCCCCCAACCCCCACCCUGACUGCUUCCCCCAGUAACAGACGUGGCCUGGGAUUGAGUAAAAUUCUGAUAGAGUUUUAGGACAUGGUCAAUUCUGUACAUUGUACACAGUCAAAUGUUUUGAAUAGCGCUGUCAAUAUCAGUGACUUAACUUGAUCAAAGGACAACAUGUGGGGCUUUGCAUUAUUUUUCACACCCUUAACACUAAUUGGGUCUGCAAAAUUGGGA